CCUUUUGUCCCAAAUGAAUAAACUGAGGCCAGAGUGGGGAAGGGAAGGUGGGACCUGUUGUUCAAGGACCUGACCCCAGCCUGUCCUCCCUCCCACCCACUCCCGGCCCUCUGUCGGUCUCGGUCGGGUUAGGGGAGUGCGAUCUCCGGAGAGGGGAGGGCCCUCCACCCAGAGUGGUGUGGGAGCGGGCAGCACAGGAACCAGACACCGACAAUGAAUAAAUGAUGCCCACUCGCAGCCUGCCUGCGACCAGAUCGCCACCGCCGAGCGCCGGCUGGCCAGGGGGCAGUCACCGAGCCAAGGCGGCCCGGCAGGCAUCCCUCGGCUCCCCUGACCUGCUGCCGAGCUGCGCGGAGCGCGCGAAGAUGGCGGGGCAGCGGCUAGGCGCGGGGCCGCUCUGGGCGCUGGGCGGCGCCGCCCUGGGGGUUUGCCUCGCGGGGGUCGCCGGGCAGCUGGUGGAGCCCAGCACGGCCCCACCCAAGCCCAAGCCGCCCCCGCUGACCAAGGAGACGGUGGUGUUCUGGGAUAUGCGCCUGUGGCACGUGGUGGGCAUCUUCUCGCUCUUCGUGUUGUCCAUCAGUGAGUAGCUGCUCCCCCCAUCACCGCCCC